CUCGCUGCGGGGGAAGAAGCGUGAACUUGAACGCAGCCUUCACUGCUCGGUGCGAGUCCAGGCAGAGGCCAGCCAGUCUUAUCACUCCGUCCCCGCAGCUCGGGUUUCGGUCAACUUAUCGGUGAACAAGCAGCUGGACGGAUUUUAGUUUGUUCUGUCAGGGUUUGUUGUUUGGGACCCGGAGACGGUGCCAAACGCGGAACGCUCGACGCGAUGUCCAGGCGCAAACUUGGAAGCAGACCGCAGCACCUGAGUGCAAUUCAAGAUGUCACUGACAUAUCGGAUGGCACCACUUCAUCAGACAACCAGCCUCCUCCUCCUCUUCCUCCUCCACAGGCCCAAGCUCCAGACGAGGGUCGUGAUCUCCUGACCUGCGGCCAGUGCAGCAGGGCCUUCCCCCUCGCCCACAUCCUGGCGUUCAUCCAGCACAAACAGGGCGGCUGCCGCUCGCGAAACCAAGCCUCAAAUGCCAAUGCCACGCCCCCCUCACCUGCCAACCGGGCACAGUGUCGCGUCGCCAACGCAGAGCUGGGGCCGGGCUUCAUCGAGCUGAGGAGAGGGGGCAGAGCCUGCGGGGAGGAGCGCGGCAUGAAGGUGAAGGCGGAGCUCGGCAAAGCAGUGUCGGAGGAGCCCUCCUACUUCACCUGCCAGCAGUGUGAAGGCGUGUUUCCAUCUGCAUGGGUGCUCUUACAGCAUGCUCAGCACACACACUCCUUCAGCAUCUACCAAGAAGAUGAAGAGGAGGAAGGCACAGGCGUAAGAGGAGGAGGAGGAGGAGGAGGAGGAGGAGGAGGAAGAGGAGGACUUAAAGAGCACAAGCCUGCUGCAGCCACUCUGGACCCUCGCCACCUGAGCCAAGCUCUUGCCUCCGCGUUUCAGCCCUCUGUCCUGCGCCUCAGCCGCUCCCGUCUGACACACACCACCUCCACCUCCUCCUCCUCCUCCUCCAGCAACAUGCAGGCACUGAACUUUUCAGUGCGGCUCAGGGAGCUCGCUGAGGGGAAUAACAACACCACCGGCAGCUCCCACGGAGGCCUGGUGCUGUCUCCGUCCUCCUCGCCACCUGCAGCUUCGACCUUUCCUCAGACCAGCACCCUCCAGGCUGACUUCCACUGUGAGCUGUGUGACCAGAACUUCCAGUCCCUGCGCGCCCUGUCUGCCCACCGCCGGACUCACUCCUGUGAGCGGCCCUAUCACUGUGGAGUGUGCGGGCAGGCCUUCGCCCAGAGUGGCCAGCUGGCCCGACACAUAAGGAGCCAUCACAGGGAGGCAGGAGGUGGAGGAGGUGGAUAUGAGUCUGUAGAGAUGGUCGUGAUGGAGGAGGAUGUAGGGAGGCAGGGGAUGAGAGGGAGGUUUCAAAUGCAGCCAGCUGGAAUCAUGGGAAAGGGAAUGGUUGGUGCAGAAGUGAGAGCCCAGGGCCCCUCCGAGCUAGACCUGACCCUGCCCAAACACCCGUCCAUAGCUUCAGGCCUGAUGAUGCUGACCUCACAGGUUAGACCGCCAGACAGGGAGCUGCUGAGGCUGUACCAGCGCCAGAGAGAGGGGGGAGAGGGAGGAGAGGAGGAGGCAGAGGGGCAGGGGGAGCCUCGACACACCUCUCCCUGUGCCAGCCCCUCUGAAGGCUCACUGGAGAGCGGAGAGACAGGAGGCAGCGGGGAGAGUGGUAUCGCCAGUGGCAACUGUACGCCGAAACGACCAGAGAUGGGCGACAGAGUGCGAGGAGUUGGAGAGUGGGAGAACGAACGAGGAGAGAUCAUAGAGAGGGAGACUGAGUGGAGCUCAGCCAAAGUCAGCGAGGUUGUGCAGGAGUGGCAGAGGGAGAACGAGCGGAGGAGUGUGGGAGGUGUCAGCAGCGGAGGAAACAACAACAUUACUACUGCUAGUUCAGCUGGUAAGAAGAAGAAAGAUGAAGCCUGUGAGUACUGUGGUAAACAGUUCAGAAACAGCAGCAACCUGACCGUGCACCGCCGCAGCCACACAGGUGAACGACCCUACCGCUGUGGCCUCUGCAACUAUGCCUGCGCCCAGAGCUCAAAAUUAACACGUCACAUGAAGACCCACGGCGCACAGGGUGCCAAGGCUUCCUUUUUGUGCCAGCUGUGCUCGGUACCCUUCACCGUCUACGCCACUCUGGAAAAACACCUGAAGAAAGUUCACUGCCUGAGCCACGCCAGCGUGGGAGCGUAUGCCCAGGCCAGUGCUGCAGACACUUUGGCUGCCAUAAAAGCUGAAGAAGAAGCAGUGGUGGUGAAGAUGGAGGAGGAUGACGCCAGUUUGGAUCAGAUAGAGAUGGAGAGCAAAAUGCCGAGAGAUGCAGUGAAAAGCAUGGAGGUGGAGGUGGAGGAGGGUCAAAGCCAAGCUGAGUGUGGGGAGAACAGAGCGAGUCCAGCGACAGUGGCUGAUCUCCCACCUGAGAGCAGCACAGAAGUGAGCUUGGCUUUGACUUCUGUGCCAUGAGAGCUGUUCUCAUUCACUAAUCGACAAUAAAACAGCACUGUAUAGGAAUUAACUCACCCAUUCAGAUAAAAAGAACCAGCCCCCUCAUUGAACAGACAGUCACAUUAAACUGGAAUCUAGUUGAAAGCAGAAGCUGCAGCAGCACGUCCUCUCUGCCAGCAGCGAAGGCACACAGCAGCCACGCUGUUCAUGAUUGUAUGCAAAGCUGCUGGUUGAAACUAAGUGCCUACAGUUUUUUAGACCACAGAGCAAAACAAGGCCAUGACAUUCAGCAGGGAGAUUACCAGAGCUCUUGAACAGGAAGUGAACCGCCACAGUCCACACAGACACAGGAAACUGAUCACCAUGUUGCAGUGCAGGAUGCAAAAGACGAGUGAUUUAUCUCUCUGGCGACCCACCGGACAGGUGGAGACAGAUACUAACUGUCAGAUAAUAUAGAGAAGGGAUUAUAUUGAAUUUAAAAAAAAACGAGCAAUAGAAUGAUGUUAAUAUAUUUUCAGCAGACGGAGAGAGGUCAUAUUGUGUUUCCUAGCUGUUGCUGGUUUUCUUUGAGAAGACCAUUUAAAGACUAAAGAUGUUUGAACAGACACGAGGGUGAUAUGAAUCCAAACACUGUCUGCCUGCAGUUUCUCAGACUCCUCUUUUAAAAGGCGCUUGGUUGUCACAACACUUGUCACUUAACGCAAUGUUUACAGGGCUCACGGAGCCUGGCAAGGUUGUGCUCCUGACUUUGUGACAGUAUGUAUGGAUGAUUUUCUGUUUUCUAAUUUUAUAAAUGUGAAUAAGGAGACCUUAAAGUCUCAUCUACUGAUGUGUUUUGUUUUUUUUUCCCAUGAUGCGUUUCUAUGCAUAAAAAAAAUGCAAUUUUACCUACAUGUGAAACGGGUGUGUUUUAUUUUUCUCUACUGGUACCUGUUGUUGUGAUGGUUAUUUCUCUCUUUCAUUGUUUACAUUUGUAAAGUGCCGGACUGGUUGAAGCUCGUGCAUGUUUUGCAGCCAUGUGAAACUGUUCUCUUUUUUUAUUGCCUGUGUUUGAGUUACUCCUAAUUUAUGGAUGCUGCAUGUUGGUGAUUGUGUAACUGCUGAACUACAGGGUUGAGAGGUGCGGGAGUAGCUAGUCGAUUGGUGGAGUUUUUGUGUGAAGCACUUGGUUGAGUUUGUGUGAAUGUGUUUGUUUGUGUGUACAGAUUGGAGAAAGAACUCCUCAGGUGACGCUUCUACUUGAACCCUCUGUCCUGUGAUCUUGUGUGCAGAGCGUGACUCAGCAGGUUAUAAUCGCAGUGUGGUGCUUCUGACAGGUGUGCGGCCGGCAAGGAUUUAAACCUACAAUGUGUAAUUUUCUGCCUCGAGGGGUCUCUCAGUCAAAUCAAUACCAAAAAAUGGAGCAAUGCUGUUUCUCCUGGUUAGGAUUCCUUCAGUGUUUAUUGUUCAGGAGAUUUUUACCAGGAGCCGAAUUAUCUGCAGACAUCUCCUUCUCGCUAAAACAAACAGGCCCAGUGAUUUAAUCUGGUAGAAACACUGAACAAAGCAGUUUCAUGUUAAAAAUCGCUGUUUCUACAAUGCUGUUUGGCACGUUUGCUCAGCUUGUUUCUCUGAUAACUUAAAAUCCAGAUCCCGUGACUUAAGAUCCUUCAUCUGGUAAAGACAUAUAGUUAAAUAUGCCACAGACCUAAAAGGGUAUCAUAGCAAUGUGGCUUGAAACAGGGUUAAAAAGUAAACUUAUGAAAGACUCUUGCAGACAACCACAACCUUGACAAAGGGGAUAUGACGCCACUGAAAGGCGAUGGCGGCCAAAUGACACGGACAGUGUUCUUGAUUAAAAUUACAAAUUUCUCUGGGUUUGAAUAUUGUUGGAAACGUUUCGGUCAACUCAACAAAAUAUAUAACAUUCCUCCAGUUGUUUUUAGACAUUUUAAUGCGGAAAAAUUACAUAAUAUAUCUUUAAGAAACACAAGAGGGAGUCUGCUUAUUCAACAAAAAUACAGGACAAAGUUGUCAAGUAGAGUGCUGCCAAUGUUUUUGUGACUUCUGUGAUGACUUUGUGUGACCAUAUCUGAUUUCUGCUUGCAUUCAUGUCAGGGAAAACAAGUUCACGUGUGUGUUGCGUCAUGAAUGAUGGUGAAUGAAUGCAGUGUAACCGUUCAGGGAUAAUAAUUUGUACAUACAUUGACAUUCUUGCUGUUGCUAUACUUGUUAUUGUUCUAAUUAUUAAUGUUGACUGCCUCCACUUUUCCUAGCAUCGUCUCCUUUCCACUGAACACUGGCUAUUGUGAAGCUCCGCCGUCUUUGUAAACUCGACACCAUUUUGUAAUUCACCUUCUCAUGAGGAGCCUCAAUAAAGA